AUGAGCAGCAGCGGCAGCGGAGGGGGGAGAAUGGGGGGCGCCGGCGGAGGAAGCGCUACGACGACGAAGAAGAUGCUGCAGAGCAUAAGGGAGAUCGUGGGAGGCAACUUCCCCGAUGACGAAAUCUACGCCAUGCUCAAGGAAUGCAACCUGGACCCUAGCGAGACCAUCCACCGCCUCCUCAAUCAAGGUCCAAUCUAGUGAUUUCUCUCUGCUUUUCCUGUUCGUCGUCCGAUGUCGACCUCUGGGAAUUCGUUUGGUGUCGCUCUCGUUUCGCUCUUUUCACGGAGACCCCUAGGGCAAGAGGAUUCGCGGCGCUAGGUUUCUCUUCUCAUGUCGGCAUAGAUAUGUGUUAAUAUCGUUAUGUUCCUGUGUGUCUUGUUGUUUUGCCUUAGCCCGUGUGGUGCCGAGGAACCGGGAAAAGAUCUAGGUUUUACGAAUUUUGAUCGAAGAAAGUCGACGGUGGGCAGUGUUUCUGAGGAAGCAGCAGAGAUGGUGGUUGAGAUCUCUCUCUCCAUCUCUGUGCCAUCAGCAAUCAUCCUAUCGUCCAUAUUUCUUCUCAAACCCCACAUUUUCCCGUUGGCUAUGCUAUUAACUUUACCCCGGCUGCUAGUUUGUGAAUUGAUUCGCGUGUUGAUGGAUGGGUAUGUAUCUUUUUCGGAUGAUGAUGUGUCGUUCUGCAAAAAUAUUUUCCUGGAGCGGAAGAUCAUUUGUUCUUCUAUUCAUAUAGUUUUGAUUGUGGUCGCAUGUUAGGCCUAAGACAGCAUUACGUUUCCACCGUUUUGAGGAGCAUUUUCCAUGCAUUCCAAGGCAAAAUACCUGCAUUCCAAGGCAAAAUACCUGCUCUCCCGUAGUCUUCUAGAUGACCCAACGUUUCCUUUGCCACUCAUCGCUUUGGCGUAUGCAGUGAUUGUUUUGCAACUGUGGAGGUCCUGGUAGGGGCAGGGGCGUGGUGGUGAAAGAGGGAUAUUUGAACGCGAAUGGUGAUCCAUAGGAAGUGUGGGAGAAAUAUUGUAGCGAGUGAGAAAGGGGGAUGGAGGGAGUUCCAUAAUGUGAAGAAGCGUAGGAUUAGGGAGAGAAGGGAGGAAGACUAUGAGCAUGCGUUGUUUUGGAUGAAACUUGGUAGGAUAGGCAUGGAGCACGAAUGGGGGAAUUUUAUGAGGAAGGUUUUUGCUAACUUUAUCCAAAUCUGUAUAUGCUAUGCAAGGCAGUGGCCUCCAUCUUCUGUGCCUUUGAACCCUUCAUCCUCUUGGGCAGCUGACUUUUUGUGAUUCCAAUUGGCUGGUAAACCUAGGCAAUGCUUUUGUGAAGGAAGAGCCAUGAAAAGUAUUCUGUCUCUGAUUUAGUUCGUACGUCAUUGGGUAUUUUUUCGUUCUUUUGUUUCUCUUUGAAUUUUAUUUUAUUUUUCCUCUUCCCUGUAAGUUUAUUUUGGAUUCGAGCUUGCCUGACUGUGACUUUGGUUUUGUGAAGUUAUUGGAUUUGUGUCUAAAUUUUUGUGUUUCUAAUCUGUAGACACAUUUCACAAGGUGAAGAGCAAACGUGAAAAGAAAAAGGAGGUGAGGGUACUGUGGUUAUUGGAUGGUAGUUUUUGCUUGUCUGAAUUAAAUGUUUGACGACUAAUUUCUCCUCGGUGAUCUCAUACAUUUCGAUGCAGUAAACCUGUAUCAUGUAUUCUUUUUCUACAUCCAGCAAAUCAGUUGCGAGAGUAGCAAGUUAAUCUUCUAUUUUACUUUGUCUCUUUACUGUUAUGCAAAAAUUAUCCUUUGAAUAUGUAUUCCAAUUCAAAUUGUCUGAUCAAAGUUAAUGCUUCUCUAUGAUAUCCCCAGACGAAGGAUAGCACAGAAUCCAGACUCCGGAUAGUUAAUAUUACUUCAAAUCGUGGAGGGAGGAGUUCUGCUGAACACCCUGUUCGUACCGGAGCUACCCAGGUCAGCUCCAGUGGUACGUGCAUGUCGUCACUAUGUUUUUAUUCAGUACAUGAAACGCCAUAUAAUUUGAAUAUUUGUUUGAAAUUGAUUCUUGUAUGCACAUCUGCACUUUUUCAGACUAUGGAGGAAUUCGUAGUAAAUCCUUGCAAAAGAAAGAAAAUGGCCCGACUGCUACCUCUUCAGGUCAUGGUGCUAUUGGUGGGAGUGUUGCUGCCAAAAGCUCUGCACCUCGAAGGUUAGUUAUAGUGAUGUUUUGAAUAAUUAAUAGCGAGCCUUUUCUCUUCAAGCUAUCAACAGUGUAUCUUGCAACUGGUUCAUUCAACCUGCUGCCUGUCUACAUUAAAUUUGGAUAUUAACUUGCAUGUUCCUGCCAACUAGGUGGCCACAAGCCACGGGUGUGCUGGAACAUAAAUAACAAGGAUUUUCUAUGCGGUGUUUCUGAUUGACAUAUAUUCACAUCAGGAUCGAUCAUAAUAAAUUAGUGAACACAAUCUUUGAAUUGAAUUUUUGUAAUUCUUUUCCAAAAAAUUGUACAGUCAUUGCAUGUAUGCUCUGUUUGAACAUUUCUGAACAGGUCAAAUCGUUUAUAUAUACUUGUAGGAUACCAACUUUGGGAUGUAAUCAUCGUUUAUUUCAGGACUUGCUAUUCUGUAAUGCUUGUUGGCGUAAAGUCUCUUUGUGUGCUGCAGUGAUUAUGUUGCAAUGGAGAACGUGGAAUGCUCAGCUGUUAUGGCUGAAACCAUCUCCUCACAAUAUUCAUCUGGAGUCCAGAGGGCUUGGCCUGGAAUGUCUGGUCAGCGAACAUUGGCUGACAUUGUGAAGAUGGGUAGACCUCUUGUGAAGACUUCUGGAGUACCAUUUGCUUCAGCUGAAUCGUACACGGCCUGUGUUAAUUCAUCAAAGAUUAUGCACGCAAGUACCAAUGGUUCAGACCCCAAGGUUCUGCUGCCAGAAUCUUAUCAUAUGGAUCCUUUUUCCAAUGGUUCAAUGAUUGUGCAGGAGCCUAGUUCUUCAGUGGGCUCAUAUGCUUCUCAUGAUGAUUGGCCCUUAGUUCAUCCAUCAUCCGCCAGAAAUGGAUCCUCUCAUUUAGAAGCACAUGAUACUUCUGCUGUUUACACUGAUCAAUCUACAUCAUUACACUUGCAUGCUGAUGAUGUUAGUUUGCACUGUAACGUUCAGCAAGAGAACCUGCAUUCUUUUGAGGGAAAUAUUAAUGCUAAUAAUCUGGCAGAAGAUUCCUUAAGAACUGCAUCGGCAUCAGAAAGACAAAUAGGAAUUGAUAGCUCAGCAGAGGAAACUGUUCUGGAUCAUGACUCAUUUAGAGAUAUGAACUCCUACCAGUCUCAUGGGCAACGUUUUGAGUCUCAUGAAGGUAUUUCUUUUUUUUUUUUUUUUGUCUUUUGUUAUAGAAUUUGUUACUCAUCUUGAAGUUUUACACUCAGGGUUGAAUUGUACCAUUUGCUUGCAAAAAUGUCAAGAUCAAUAAUGUUUUCUGGUUUGUCAUGUGAAAACUCUUCAAUGUUUUUGGUUUCUGCUUUCUAAUUGCUUGAACCAACUAUCAGAUUGGCUACUAAACAUUUGCCAUGCAAUCUUAAGCUUCAGGACAUAGUAACAUUGUUCGACUAUAUUUAAGAUGGUAUUCUCUUAAAUAUCGUCUCUAGAUGAAUUUGAAAGGUAUAGAUUUUUGGUCUUAGUUUUUGCCUGUGUCACGUUUCGAAUAGGAUGCUAUCUUCAUCUCCUAUGUAAUAAAUUCUAAACGUUCAUUAUCUUUAACUUUUAUCCGCUGCUUCUUGUUUGCACCCUAUAAUUUAUCCUCAACCUCUGAUAAGCAUUUUGUUGGCAGUUUGAGUUUCUAUUAUCGAUGCUUGAGUUUUUAUUAGAACCUUUUUUCUGACCGCUACCUUUUUUUUCUUUUGUUCUGUCGUGGGAUUCCUGCUUUACUAGGAUCACGAGUCAAACAAUAAGCCAAAAAAUACUGUGCGAAAGUUCCCCAGUUUAAAUAGCUUGUAGGAAUCUUUACUGGAGGAACCAUAUUAAUGCCUCUAAUCUUUAUUAUGACUUGGACCUAAAAGUUUUUUUUGAGGUGACAUCAGUUUUACCUCAAAAAAGAAUUGGACGCCUAAAACAAGUAAUGGGGCGGUCUUUUUAAUAAGAAAAGUGCAAGAAUAUGUGAUUGUGGUUAUCCUGAGUUGCUGCUGUGGUAUACACUACUCUGGGACAGAAUGUUUGGGAGUUUACAGAACACGUACUCAUACAUCCAUCCCCUUUCUUUCAUUAUUUAAUGACUACAUGAACCCGCUGAUUUUCAAAACGAAAAAGGGAGGUUUAAUUAAAGUUCAAGGCCAUUUCUUUGGAUUCAACAGUUUCGUGAUUACUAGGCGGGAAGAGUAACCUGACUUGGUUGUCGUUGUCCUUUUGAUAGAAGGCUUCAGUUUGACUGCAUGAAAGGGCAGGCUGAUUAUAUAGGGUUUUGACAAGUGUGGACAAUGAUAAACUAGGGAAUGCAACCACUCUGCUGUCGGAAGACCAUCAGCUGAUCAUUCCACCCGUGCACUCAAUUGUGCUUUGAUUUCCUUUUACUUUGUCACUUUCGAUUUUCAUGGAAAUGCUGAAAAGAGAACUCAUAGUUUAGUCCGUAUCUUAUCUGUUAAUAUGCUUGAUCUGGAUCCUGCUAAAUCAUUCUGCCUUACACUGGAAAAUUCAAUACAUUUCAAUGAAAAUUUAUAUAUGGUUAACCAAAGAAUGUCUUAAAUAGAAGAAAGCGCCAUGAUUUACAAUCAGUUGAUUUGAUGUGCUAAACUGAUGGGUGCGUAUUUGAGAUUGAUUUUUAAAAAAAUCAUCAAAAGUAUUUCAGGAGUAAAUUUUAAAAUUUAUUUCUUCCUAAAAUUACAGGUAUUCUUUGCUAGCGAUUAAUUCUAUUGCGGCUAGUCGAAAAUGCUGUCACAGUAGUCCUCCAUCUUUUAAAUAGUAUUUCAUUACUGUAUGCUCUUAUUUUACAGUCAGUGGUGAGAAUGCCGGUGUAUCAUUGACUGCUUCUGCUUUGCAACGGCUUAAUUUGGUGGAGGAAUCAUCUGCAAGGGAGGAAGAGGACAGCCCUGGAGUUAUAUUUCCUAACAAUUUACAGAUUGCAAAUGCGGACUGCUCCCAUUUGAGCUUCGGUAGUUUCGGAUCUGGCGUUGGUGCUUCAUUUCCUGAAUCAUUUUCAUCCCUCGAAUCAACAGGUAUUUUGGAGGUGCCAUCAGAAAAAUCUGAAACCACUUCGCUUGACCAUUCAGACGCCAGGUUGGUCCUAUUCAUUGAUUUUGACUUGGUAAUCAUAAUCCCUGUGUUGCAUAUCUAAUUUCGUUCUCAAUCUAUUCAGAAAUUCUGAGUAUAAUGGCAGCGAGCAGCUUAGAUCUGGUUUGAAGGAGAACGAUGACUCAAGACCAAGCACCAAUGAUGAAAGUUUUGAGAUGUCGUCCUUACGCCCUGAUGGCAUUAGAACUAGUUCUUCAGCUGCCACGGAGGGGCUUCAGUACUCAUUUGAGCCCUCAGUCUCAGGUUAUACGCUAUCUGACACCACGGAAGCGAAUUCUGCAUCGUAUGCCUCUGUCCAAGAAAACUCUCAAAUGCAGAAUAUUUCUCCUUUCUCAGGCAUUAUGGUAACAUAAUAUCCCUUUUUUAAAAACCUUAAUUCUUUCUUCUGUAAAACGUCUUCUUCACGUGCUAUCUUUUUUCUUGAAAGUUGAUGGGUAUUGUGAAUCCGUUUGGCCUUUUAUGCUAUCUGUUUCUGUUGAAAAUUAAUUUUUUGGUAGCUCCAGUUUAGGUUUUUAUGCUUUCAUUGACCUUAGAGCCCCAAAUAAGAUCACUGCAGUACGUUUUUUUGGUCUUGACAAAGAUUUGACUUUGGGGGAUUGCCUGAAUGAGCUUCUGUCAACUUAAAACAUGAAGAUGUUGAGCCCAAUUCACAAAUAUUUGGGAUGUAGUGAUUCCAAUCCUUCCAGCUUAAACUUGUAUGUAUUCGGCUACUGUCAAUCUGAUUUCCUAGGUUCAAUCUACUAGGGUUGUAGAUGGCAUGGCUCACAGAAUUGCUCUCAGCCAAUCUGAAACAGUCGCUUUGAAUGAAAUCGGCGGGUACCAAUCUGAUUACGUGGGGAAGGAAAAGUGGCGGAAAACCAUCAGGAAGAAAUUGGCUGAUCUUACUUGGAGUGGCCUAUUCAGGGAUUUUCUGUAGCUUUUGUGUACUAUAAAUUGCCAUCAUUUGCGCUUCAAUCAGAGAAAAGUAAAGGAGAAGAAGUAGCUAAAAAACUUCUAUCUCCAUCCUCUGCCUUGUACCCAUAGCCCAUUGCUACUGCAGCUGCCAGAAUUUGAUGGCAUCCUCUGUGUCAAUUGAUUUCCUUUGUCAUUGAAAUGGCUCUGCACCCAGAAGAUGCAUGUUUCCCUGCCUCUGAAGCGUUAGGAGAACAAACAAUAUCAAGUAAAAUGGCUUCUCAUGACUUCUGAAAGAGCUUCCUCUGUGAUCAACUCUGAAGUGUCUUAUCCCAUUUACCUCGAUUGCAGAGGCCUUUGUAUUCUGGGAACUGAUGUGAUGCAAAUAUUUUUUUUUCUCUUGGAAUAAAUCAGGUCGAGGUGUGUUAGUAUUAAUGAACUAAUGAAGGGUCACGAAAGCAUCUUGGAAGAAAGUCGAGGCCUCCACGCCCCUCAUGAGAAAUGAUAGAAAUGAUAAAACCUUUCCAUGGCAGUUUCUGUGCUCUGAAUUCGUGUGCUGUAAUGAAAGGUCCUUCUUUCUUCAAUGCUCCUCCUGCUGUCAUCUGUCAUCUACGGAGUUGUCAUUUUAUGAGGCUCUACCCAUUUAGAUAUUUAUCAGUAGUGGACUAUUUCUUUGUUUGGAUUUUUUUUAUUAUUGUCUAGUGAAUACAUAAUUUCGAUUCUAUUCACUUCCUCUUUCUACUAAUUCGAGUGUCAACACUUUCAUUUCCUUCGAUCCUGUAUUCUUUUCUUAACCCUUUUAUUUCAUUCUCCUAGCUCUAAGGAUCUUCAGAUGAGCAUGGGUCUGCAACUUCAUGGUCCUGCGUUGACUUUUCCCUUUUCUCUGCUAUCCUCGCAGGAAGCUUACACCAGCUCCUCUCCAAGUAAUCUUCUUGCAUCAGCUGGUCAACCUUCGCGAGAAUUUGACCUUGCUUACUCCAACUUGCUUGCCACACAGUCGAUGCCCACGAAAUACAGCACGUCAGCGUCUUCCAUGACCAUGCCCAGCGUUUCCAUGCUGGAGGUAUCCUCCCUCUCUCUCUCUCUCUCUCUCUCUCUCUCUCUCUCUCUCUCUCUCUCUCUCUCUCUCUCUGUCUACGGGGGUGUUUGAUAUUAUCUCUCCCUCUCAUCCGCUCUCGCUGCGGGAAAAGAUGGCAUUUUUUAGAAAAUGCUGUCUAUCAACGUGCACAAAAUCUACAUCUUGCCCCCGAUGCCAGCAACGAAACUGACAGAAAAACUUAGCAUCUGGUUAUUUCUGAUUCGUGACUUCUGUUCUUACUCUGAUUCUCACUCAGGUCGAGAACCCAGCCCGGCAUAAUCUGCCAUCCACCAGCAUUCCCGCCGGCUCACAAGCCCCUCAGCAAGUACCAGUUCAGGCAUAUUCUCAGCCUACGCUCCCCUUGGGCCAUUUCGCAAACAUCGUCGGCUACCCCUUCCUCCAUCCUCAGAGCUACACCUACCUGCCCUCCGCCUUCCAGCAGGCAUACCCCAGCAGCAGCACAUACAGCAAGUAUGCACUGCCGCAGCAAUAUAAAGCCGCCAGCGCCGGCAUAAGCAACCUGCCGCCGUCCGCCGCCCCCUCUAGCUUCAGAGGUGGCUUCGGGGGCGCGGCCAACAUCUUGGGAAACUUCCAGCUGAACACUUCGACCUCUUCUGGAAACACGGCGGUGGGCUACGAUGACCUCCUAAGCUCCCAGUACAAAGAAGCCAGCCAUUACCUUCCUCUCCAACAGGUCAGUGUCGAUCCCGCACAGCAUCCAUGAAAUGGGAUCUGGCUGAUUAUGUGAUUGGAAAUAUGCAAUCGCUUCCUUUUGAGUUUUCUUUUCUGAUGAAAGCUCCGCCGUUGGAUUGAUUUCAGAACGAAAGCUCCGCCAUGUGGCUGCACGGGGGCGGUGGCGGCUCAAGGACCAUGCCAGCGGUGCCGGGGUCGUACUACAGCUUCCAGGGGCAGGGCCAAGAUGGGGGGCUGCGACAGAGCCAGCAGCAGCCGCCACUGCCGCCGCCGUAUAGGGCCACCGCCGGGUACCAAAAUCUUUACCAUGCGCAGAUGGGGCUGGGCCAGGAGCAGCGGCAGGGGGUGGCCGAUGGCGGCAGCAUGAACCCGCUGAGGGGACCAUCGUCGCAGGCCGCCGCCAGCCAUCUCUGGCAACACUACUGA